CGAAGACCAACCAACCACAGGGGGAGGGGCGGGGCCUGACCGGGAUGUUUAUAUAAGCUUCUUCUAAUCAGAACUCAGGACCUAAGUCUUCAGGGUGGGAGACGGAAUUAACACGUGACUGAUUUAGCAGAACUGCACAGAUUCCUCCGCCCCACCAUGCUCCGGGCCGGCCCUGCCCUGGGCCUCCUCCUCCUCUGCCACCAGGCCCUCCUGGCCCGGCCGGACUCCAGCUUCGUGGCUGCCGUCUAUGAAUAUCCGUCCAUCCUGAUCGCCGACCCGGAGGCCCUCACGGACCGGAGCUCCGCCCUGGAGCUGAUGAAUCGGAAUCUGGAUCACUACGAAGAACAGGUCAUGGCUGCCGCCAAGCAGGGCGUGCAGAUCAUUGUAUUUCCAGAAGAUGGGAUUCAUGGAUUCAACUUCACCAGACGUUCCAUUUACCCGUUUCUGGACUUUCUUCCGGCUGUCCAGUCUGGGAAAUGGAACCCGUGCCUGGAACCACAGUUCAGUGACACAGAGGUCCUGCAGCGCCUGAGCUGCCUGGCCGGCAGGGGCCGGCUGUUCCUGGUGGCUAACCUGGGAACCAAGCAGCCCUGCAACGGCACUGACCCGGGAUGCCCGCCGGAUGGGCGGUACCAGUUCAACACGAACGUCGUCUUCGACGAUAAGGGCACCCUUGUCGCCAGCUAUCGCAAGCAGAACCUCUAUUUUGAAUACUCCUUCGACACCCCUUCGGUCGUGGACCACAGCAUCUUCGAGACACCUUUUGCUGGCAAGAUUGGCACCUUUACUUGCUUCGACAUGUUGUUCUUUGAACCCGCCGUGCGGCUCGUGACAGACUUGGGGGUGAAACAUAUUGUGUUUCCGGCGGCGUGGAUGGACCAGCUCCCCCUGCUGGCCGGAAUAGAAAUUCAACAAGCAUUCGCGGUGGCUUUCAAUGUCAACGUUCUGGCCGCCAACCUCCACCACCCGCUUCUGCGCAUGUCGAGCAGCGGCAUCCACACGCCUCACGGGUCCUUCUGGUACCACAACACAGAGAGCCUCAAAGGCAAACUGAUAGUAGCCAAUAUAUCGGCUGACCCCGGGGCCGGAGGCCCGCAGUGGAACAGCCCCCUCGGGGAGUCCCACGGAAGGUUCUCGUGGGAUGAUGGGACCUGUGAGGGCGAUGCAGACACUCCGUGCGGUGACCCACUGGAAGGAGCCCUGGAGACGCCGGCCACGUUUCACGGCGAGAUGAUGUACGACAAUUUCACGUUCAUGCCUCUCCGGGAGAACCGAGGCCGCCUCCGUGUCUGUGCCAACGCCCUGUGCUGUGAGCUGGAUUACCGGAGGCGCGGCUUGUCUGACGAGCUCUACGCGCUCGGGGUCCUCGACGGCCUUCACACGGUCCACGGCACUUACUACCUGCAAGUGUGCGCCCUGGUCAAGUGCGGCGGCCCUCGUUGGGAGACCUGCGGCCACGAGACGCCCAGGGCCACCGAGAAGUUCGACUUCCACAUCCGGGGGAAUUUCAGCACUGCCUUCGUGUUUCCCAUGUUACUGACCUCUGGGAUGACGCUGCAGCCCCCAGGCCAGCGGGGCUGGGAAGGCGGCCAUUACUUCAUGAGGAAAAGCCAGCUGUCUUCGGGCUUAGUGACAGCCGCUUUGUACGGACGCUGGUACGAGAGGGAUUAAUGGAAAGAGGCGCUCAGUCUGGGCUCGGGGCACACUCACUGGCAAAUACACGGCUGGGAUUCAAGUGGAAACCGGAAAUGAGGGCGAGCUGCAGGGCACGGGGUGAGAAGCUGGCCGGCGGGGCUCGGCAUUCGGGGACCAAACUCCGUCUUGUCGGAGAAGUUUAUUUUAUUGUGGGAAUUGGGAGAGAACUCGAUGGCACGGUGUGGGAAGCUAGACUGCCCCAGCCCGAGGCGUCCGUUCUUGUUUCCAUGCUCCUUGAUUGCUUCCUGAGGAGUGGGAGACCUUUUCCUGAAGGCUGAGACCAACAGCCCGUCCCAGCCCAACUUGGAAAGUGCCUCCUCUUCCAUGCAACUAGAAAUCAGAUUAUCGGAUGCUGAAAUCUUUCCUUUUAACUAAUUGAUCUUAUUGGAUUGUUUUUAAUGGAUACAAAGUCUGGCUGUCUCUUCUGGGGGGGGGGGAGGGUCCAGCCCUGGAAUGAGGAAGGGGCCUUCUCCCGAUUUGUUGGGCCCUUGGCCCGGAUUGUUGAAUAAAUCAAUAUGCUCAGAA